AUGUCUUCUAAAAAACUUUUGAAUCCAAGCAAAGAUGACAAGCCUUUAUGGCUUCAUGUCGAGGUAUUGGAUGCUCCAAUCGGUGGUGGUGGUAAUAGAAAGUGGAGAUGCAGAUAUUGUAAUAAAAUAGUGACUGGUUCUUACUCAAAAGUUAGAGCACAUCUUCUGAAAAUAUCGAACAUGGGUGUUGAAGCAUGCAAAGGAAUUUCAGAUGAUGUUUAUCGUCAAAUAGAAGCAGAGCACAAGAGGGCCGAAGAAAAAGUAGCAAAAGAAGCCAUGAAUGUGAGACAAAGAAACCAGUGCAUGGCAUAUCAAGGAGGGUCUGAUCUAGUACAACCCAAGAAAAGAAAAGGAGCUUUGGAACUCGCUUUUAAUGUGGCUGAUCGAGAUGAAAUUGAUAAAGAUUGUGCCAUGAUGUUCUAUACUGGUGGCAUAUCCUUCAACUUUGCAAGGAAUCCCUUCUUCCGAAAUUACUCUCUAAAACUAGCCAAUUCAAAUGUGGCAGGCUACACUCCUCCUACAUACAACCGUCUUCGCACCACACUUUUGUCACAGCAGAAACAACAUGUUCAGAGACUUGUUCAACCUGUCAAAGAUAGCUGGAAAAAGAAAGGUGCAUCUAUAUGCUCAGAUGGGUGGUGUGAUCGCCAGCAAAAACCGUUGAUCAAUAUAAUGGUUGCAUCAGCUGCUGGUCCAAUGUUUUUAAAAUCAGUUGAUGCUAGCCAAGUUAAAGUAAAAGAUGCUGAAUAUAUAGCUGCACUAUUCAUGGAGAUUGUGGAAGAGAUUGGUCCAGAACAUGUUGUCCAAAUAGUCACUGAUAACGCCUCCAAUUACAAGGCAGCAGGUGCGUUAAUUGAAACCAAGUAUCCUCGAAUUUUUUGGACACCAUGUGUGGUACAUUCUAAUGUUAUUAUCUUUGUUACUGGCUUACUGUUGAACUUUGUAUUAACAUCUUUUCUUGAAAUAUGGAUCUGGAGUUUGGAAUUUGUCCACUGGCAGUGA